AUGACUGCAUUCCGUAUUUUGCGAAACUAUAGCCCAGGCAGCUAAAUGCUCCGCCACAGGAAUCAUUAGCAGAGAUUACGCGCUACAGCAAUUACCACGGAUAAAUAAAUGGUAUUGUCACUUGGUAUAAAACAAUGGUAUAGUUACAGGAAAAAACUUAUUAUACAAUCCGUCUAACAGUAAUACAGUUUACAUAAGAGAUUACUAAUCAUAUACUAAAAGAUGGAUUCCACCGAAGUCACACAGUUAGAAUCCUGUAUGGCAUUUGUUGAUAUAAGGGACCACACCUUUGUCGAAUGGGAAAAACCAGAUCAUUAUGGUAAAACACAUUACCGAAUAUAAUUGCCUAUAAUUACAUAUGAAAAAAGGAAACUUCAUAAGUUGUGUUGUGUAGUACCCUAACACAGUAUCCCAUCCGCCUCAGGUGAAUAUCAUAAUGAUCAUAGGGCAUUAUUUUGCCUGUUGAAUCACUACAAUAAUGACUAGCGCCUCCGAUGGGCUAUCAAUAAAGGGCACACCUCUUUCAGGACGGCCUUGGAAGAAGGAGUCUCGUCCUCGUCGUGCGUUGUCAAAGAGCGGUGGCGGCAAUACAGCAGAGGAACGCAGUCGACAGAAAUGGGAGGAGGCUCAGGCUUUAAAGAACGAAAUGAAGGAAAUUUCUGCAGAGGCCAAAGAGGUGAUAAAGCGCGCUAAAGAGCGCCAAAUUGAAAGAAAUCGCAAGAUAAAAGCCCGCCGUGCUAAAAAGGAAGCGAACGAAAUAAAAUCUGCUGGUAACGAUGUUGUAUUGGUUAAUAACAAGAAGGUAGCCAAGAUGAGCAAGAAGGCUCGGCGCAAGUUGACUAAGGUUACACCGGAAAUGGCCAGCAUUCUAAUGCGCAAACAUUAAUUCACUUAAUAUAUAUCCUAUCGUCG